ACAGAGCAAGCGCAGCCAGCCUUGCAAUCACCACCCAGUCUCAAAGAAACUAGUACUCCGUACGAGUAGCUAGCACUGAGCAAUGGCUUCGAACACGAGCUUGCUGGCCGUGAUCAUGGCGUGCACGCUCCUACUCACCGGGCACACGUGCCACGGCGCACGCCACUUGGCCGACACGACUCCGGCGGCUGCCCCUGCCGCUGCUGUACCUAGCAUGCCUGCCGUGCCGACCCUGCCUGCCGUGCCCACUGAAACGGUCACCCUGCUGCCACCAAUGCCGGCGGUCACCCUGCCCACCGUGCCGCAAGUGACGCUGCCGCCCAUGCCUUCCGUCGUCGUGCCUAAGGCAGUGCUGCCGCCCAUGCCCAAGGUGACCAUGGCGCCGAUGCCCGCUAUUGUCGUACCAAAGGUGACACUGCCGCCAAUGCCGUUCGUCCCGAAUGUGAACAUGCCCAUGCCGUUCCUGGCGCCACCUCCGUCUGUGUAGGCGACUCGGUGCGGCGGCCUUGAUGCGGGAGUGGCCACAACCCAUAUUUUCUUACAUGCAGGCACUACAUUUUCUUUACGCCUCCAUAAUUUUCUUACAUGGAACUAUUUACUUUUUUUUUUGAAUUGUUUGGAUUGCUUAUCAUAUAUGUCACGUGGUAGAACUCUUUACAUUUUGAUGUGAUGUGUAUCAGUUGUUCAUAUACCAAUUUGUUUAAGCCCUCA